AUGGCCACGGUCGACGCAUGUCCAAGUCCGUUCAUCUCGGAGACACUAUAUCCUUUUACGGAUGGAUUCUAUGGCGGACGGAACUGUGCUGAGAACCCCUUGACUCCGGGCCCGAAUGCGACUCGAUGUUGUAUACCGUGCCCGGUCUUCGACUGGACGUACCGGAAUGACUUCAAGAUACUCACAGAUGGCGCUGCCUGGGUGCAUGUUGCCGGCUUCAUCUGCCGUGGCUUCUUGCUUCUUUCUAUGCUCGUGCUCCCAUCGACGGCUACACGGCGAAGCUAUCUUAACGUCGUGCUACUGUCAGCAAUCAUGGUCCUCGAGCUCGGCUUCAUCAUCCCCCUGGCACGGCAGCCGGAGCAGUGUUACGAUCCGAUCACGCCGAAUAAUGAGAGCAGCAGCUUUACUUGCGCAUUCUCUGCAGCAUGCGUAGCUCUGGGGCUGAUGUUCUUCACGACCUGGGUUACCGUCCGAGCCAUUCUCAUGCACCUUCAGAUUUGCUGGAACUACACUCCACUGGCCCUGACUCACACAAUCGCCACUAUCGUUACCGGAGCCAUCUCUAUCGGACUUACAGCAGCUACGAUCUCUCAUAGUGGAGUCUCGUACCGGUUUGGAGGCUACUGUCAUGUAAACGUCGGCUCCCUUGCGACCUUCUGGGGAUUCAUUCUUGGCUUUUGCGGCAUUGCUCUCCUCCUUCAGCUUACUACAUUUGGCUAUGUCAUCAGAGUCUACAUGAGCUCCGCAUGGCAAGCCCGCAACGACCCAAGCUCUCGAUCUGCCUCUGUGGUGAGUUCUUCGCGCGCUCGACAAGCUCGAGCGACUGCUCGGAGGGUCCGCGAGGUCCUGGUUCUUCAAUGGGGGGCGCUGGCCAUAGUUGCAUCGGCGAUCCUCACCACGGUCUUCGUAUGCGUCGUCUUCAUCUUCUUCGACGAUCGACUCACGCGAGAAGCAUUCAGCGACGUCGACAAGCUCAUCCCCUGGAUCAUCUGUCUUGUCAGCAGACAGAACAAAAGCCAGUGUUACCAGUACACCGACGUCGUCAUCAUCCCCGAGGACCUAGCAGUGGCGACUCUGUUCAUCUUGGCUUUUGUUGGAAUCGAAACGUUCCUCUUGCUCUUCCGCUUCGAGAUCUUCACAGCCUGGUGGGGCUUCUUGCGGACGCCGUGGUGGAAGAAGAAGGCCUCGUCGCGGAAGUCAAGUGCCACUCUGAGCGGCGAAAUGCAUGCACCUGGAGGUCUACCUCGAUUCACAGGGGAAACGCCCGCCGAUACACCACCGAAGAGAAUCGCGUCGGAAGACAGCAGGGAGAUAAGCCAGACUCGUUAG